UCUUCCCCUCACAUCUCUUUCUUACAUGGAACCCCACCUUCAACAGAUCUGAUCCACUCCCCCACCUUCCCGUCGUCCUGGUAUCGUGAUGAGGAGCUCCACGGCUCUCAUGGUCGCAGCAUCGCUGCUACUGCUGCUGGUAUCGCUGGCUGCGGCGGACAUCCAGAUACCCUACAGGGAGAGGAGCGAGGAGGAGACGAGAAAGGUCUUCGUGGAGUGGAAGGCCAAGUACGGGAAAACAUACAACUCCAUCGGCGAGGAGGAGCGCCGGUACGCGACGUUCAAGAACACCCUGCGCAACAUCGACCAGCACAACGCCGCUGGUAUCCCCUCGUACCGCCUCCGCUGGCAGCUCAACAAUUUCUCCGACCACACCCAUGGUGAGGGCUCCGGAGGCUUUCGCUCAUGUUACCUUCCAGCUCCACUAGACGGCGACUGGACGAGCACCAAGGGAGCGUUGAUUGCAUACAUGCUGUUUGUUUCUAGUUUCAUUGUUCUUAUUGCAUGUUGUAAAUUGCAUGCAUAGUCCUGCCAUUUGGACCAGGCGGCCUUUGGGUGGGGAAGAUUCGUGCGAUUAGUGUAUUUCUGUUCCAUGUAAUCCUGGAUUGAGUCAGAUUUGUAUAUUUUUAUUG